CUUUCGAAGGUUCUACUUCUCGGAGACCAACACCGACCAAACACAAACCAACAAUUGACCAUGGGCGACUGCCGUAUCCGAAUCUUUGUGUCUGGUCUUUGCUCCUCGGAAAGCAACGACAGCAACAACAACAAGCCAUGGCAACUCGUGUUGAACAAGCUGUUUUCGUCCGACACAACGAUUGGGGAAGUCUUGAGUGCUGACGAGUUGUCGCUCUUGUUUGCUGACCAAACCGACAAUGCGUUGUGGGAUUGUACGAUGCAUCCACCCAAAGACAUUACCGAGUGGAUCUUGAAGGACGACAGCAACAAGAACAAGACCCUCUAUGAUGCGGGAUGGUUUCCAUCGGGCACUUUGCGAGUGGCGCGACGCAUCGAUGGCGUUCCCUUGGCGUCGACGCUUCAAACUGACGAUGUUCAAUACAACAAUACCCAACAGGCGACAACCUCUGCCAUGCCCGUGCAACUCGCAGGGACAUUGGCAUCUACCACUGGUACGACAGUGGCAUCCUCGCUGCUGCCAUCCCAAGUAUUGGAAUCCGUGACACGUCGCUUUGACGACGAUGAGACCAUGACGACGUCACAAUCGACUACUACUGCUUUGAGCAAACAACAAAGAGCACUCCAAGAAAAGGAACGAGCCAAACGGCUGGAUGAACGAAUCCAAAAACUAAACGACAAGAACAAACCGGUAUCCGAUCAAGUGCGAAAAAUGCUCAUCAAGAGUCGUGCCACGGGGAGCAAGUCACUGAAACAACAGGAUCGCAUCUAUUUUGACAUUUGCACAAUCAGCAUCGGGCAAGAGGACCAGUGUUUUCGAUACUACUCCAUCCAAGAUACCAUUGGGAAAGGAAUCAUAUCUACAUUCACUUGUUCUUCAUCCAACAAAGAGGAUGAUGUCCAAGCCGAAUUGUUGAUUCGACGCAAGGAGGAGGAAGGUGCCAUCUAUAGACGGCUCCCCAAUUUGAUGCGCGUCUACGAGGCUAUAGAACGGGGCUUUUUGGAAAAGGAACAAGUCAACAAGGUUGUUGUACGAUGGUACGAUACGUCUUCUGAAGAGCCAACAAGUAGUAUCGAAGACGAAGAACAAACCACAGCCACAACCAAUCCAAUGGAUGCGACAACGACGAGUGACGUGGAAAUGACAGAAGUAUCUGAUCCACCGCCAACUACUACUCCUGAGACUAUUUCUUCAGCAUCGUCGUCCAACAAUCCACAAAUGAUACAAGAUGCGGAUUUGGCAGCAUUGCUGACACAAUUGGAUCAAGAAGAGGAAGAAAAGAAGAAGAGCAAAAAGAAGAGCACCAGCAAAACAUCCGCCAAAGUAAAACAAAUGCUCAUCAAGAGCAAGGCCAAGGGAGAUGCCAAACGGGUAAAAAUGCCAGAUCGGUUCUUUUUUGACUUGGUGACAGUUUCAACAACAACUGUAGCCAAAGCCACCAGCCAGUUUUGCUUUUUGGGCCAAAAGGAUCCACUGGGACGGAUUCUACGGGAUUGUGUCAAACCGGCGCUGGGUAACGAUGCGAAUGUGGAACUGCUAGUACCGACCGACGACAUGGCUACUUCCAGCAGUUUUGUUCCAUUGAGCAACUGGAGUACCAUGACGUUUCAAGAAGCACAAAAUGCCAAUUUGCUACAGCCGUUUGGUCGGAUUGUCCUUCGAACAAAACAGUCAUAAAGAGUCAAUUUCUCCUCGUUGCAAAAGCUAUCGUCUUGCACACUUGCUAACAGACCGAUCAUACUUGCUCAAGUAGAAUGACACAACACAUGGAACCCCACAGCAUCUGCCCACGACUCAUUUCACUGUUACCUGACUUACGAAAUUUCUCGGAGGAAUGAUUCAAUCGAUUGAUUCUGAACGAAAAGAGUGCAGCUGUGCAGCUGCCUAGCCUACUACCGUAGCUUCUAUGCCUUACAACUGAGAAUGUUUUGGAAACAAUAGACUUUCUCCAACAACACCUCACCAGUGAAAGAAAUACAAUGAAAGCAAUCAUCAGAAGACAACCAUCAUUAUUGAGUCUGAAAGUUUCCACAUUGAGGUACAAAUUGGAUUGGUUCCAGGAGACUUUUGGGUGGAACAGGCAGGAGCUUCUGAAGGUUGUGUCAAAACAACCAGCUCUUUUGGGCCUUUCAACCCAUGACAAUCUUGAGCCAACACUGGAUUGGUUUCAAGAAACCCUCAACAUGACGCAUGCAAAACUCUCCAAAGUGUUGAAGACAAGCCCACAAUUCCUCCAGUUGAACACGUGCACUUUAGUUCACAGGACAGAAUGGCUACAAGAGCGGUUAGAACUGGAGACAACGGAGGAGAUCUCCAGGAUAAUUUUAAAUUUCCAGCUUUUCUUGUAUUUGAACAAUGACAACAUGGAAAAUAGGAUCAAGUGGCUACAAGCAAGCCUGGAUUUCACCGAGAGUGAAGUUGCCCAUCAUUUUCGGAGAGCACCAGUCUUAUUUUCACUGAGUAUUGAACAGAAUCUGGAGCCAACACUCAACUGGCUAGUGAAUCGGCUUGGCUUUGCAAUGGCUAAAAAAGGUGGUUUCACGCCUUCCCCCUGUUUUGGGCCUUAACAUCCAAGACUCACUUGAGCCAAAGCUAGAGUACCUCCAAACAAAGUUCCAACUCAACGCAGAAGACCUCCUGCUGACCAUGAUUGGGAAGAACCCACCUCUGAUUAGUUUGAGCUGCAGCAACAUUGACAAUACGCUACAGUUCUGUUCCAAAAGUUAUGGAGAAGACAAGGCGCUCCAGCAUGUUAUUGGGAAUCCAGCAUUUUUGGGUGCUUGUCUGAAGAAAAGACUCUUGCCACGGUGGGAGCAAGCUGUUGAGUUGGGGUUUGAAGCAGAGGUUCCAAUAUCUGUGCUUGCAGCGCACACACCAAGAAAGUGGGCUGAUUUUGUGGAAUCAAAGGCUGCAAACUAAUAAACUUGCGGCUGCAAACUGACAAAGGAUUGGAUAUGAAAUGACUGGGAAGAAAUGAGCCUGUCACACUUGGCUACCAGUAGAUUGGAUCAUCAUAACUAACUACUAGAAACAUGUUUUGGCAACACAGCUCCUAUGGAUGAUCUUAUUGGCAAAGUUGCAGAUAGGGCA